GUAAUCCCUCUUUUCUUCCAUCGUACAACACAGCUUUACUGAUUAUUAUCUAAUAUGGUCAAUUAUCAAUCUUGGUUAAGUGAAAUCGACGACAACACCAAACUUUCCAAAUUAUCCAUUCCAGGAACUCACAAUUCCGCAGCCUGCCAUACGGCAUUACCUUCCGUGCAAUGUCAAGGAGAGUCAAUUACUGAACAAUUGAAACACGGUGUAAGAUUCUUGGAUAUUAGAGUUGGGAAAUUGUUUGUUGGAAAGGAUGUCAAGGAUUUACAAGUCAUUCACGGUAAGUUCCCAGUCAAGAUCCCAUUUCCAUUGAAAUUGACUGACGCCUUGAAGGAAGUUUAUGACUUUUUGAACGACAACAAAUCUGAAGUUGUUAUUGUCAGUAUCAAACAAGAAGGUAGUGACGAUUGGGAUAACGAUAAUGAUGAAUUUGGUAACUUGAUUUGGGACAACUAUAUCCAGCCAAACAAGGAUAAGUGGUACUUGAACACUGAUAUCCCAAGACUUGGCGAUGCCAGAGGUAAGGCCCUUUUGUUUAGAAGAUUUGGUGUCAAGAAUCAAGAAAGAGAACAACAAUUUGGAUUCGAAGCUUCUUACUGGAGUUACAACACCACUGAUGAAGACCGUGGCUCUUUUGCAGUUCAAGAUUUCUGUGAAGUCAAGACUGGUCAAGAUUUACCAAAGAAGGUCGAUUAUGUCAAGGAAUUUGCUAAGCGUGCCCAAGAUUACAUCAACAGUAAUGAUGACAAGUUAUUUGUUAACUUCACUUCUGCUUCUAACUUUUUUGACAAAGAUUGUUGGCCUGAACCUGUUGCUUUAGCUAUGGUUAAGGGGGAUAUCCAAGAUACUUUUAAAAAAGGUGUUGGUAUUAUUGUUUUGGAUUAUGCUGAAACUGAUAAUUGGAAGUUACCAAAGCAAUUAGUUGACUCCAACUUUUAGGCUUUGUAUUAUGUUUUUGUAUAUUUCUAUUGUUAGCUGUAUGUAAUUAUGUUUUGCUACUAUUAAAACUUCGCACUGUCCGAAAUCCGGAUUUUUCAACACAACAACUCCCUCCCCU